UGUUUUGGGUUUUUUUUGGAUGUUGCACGUGUCGAUUGGAUGAAGGCGGAACUGCCACCUCGCUCACGCGUCUGGGCCCGGUUUGAUCUCCCCAGUUAGCAAACGAGGCGGUGAAAUCAGAUGUUGACGGUGUCUUUUGUGAAGUGUUGUAGUGUUGAGUCAGUGUGCUCACAAAGUCUGGAUUUCUCAGAGCAGCUGCGAAAGAUCGUUGAGAACAAAUAGUUUGCCGACUUCAUCUCUGUGUGCAUUUUGCCGCGACAUCUUUCACUCUUUAGUGCCUUCGCUUGUUUAUUGUUGUUGCUGCUCUCAAUUGAGUAGGUGGUCAUGGGAGGUCAGGAACCAAACCCUUACUUGGUCAGCUAUCCAAGCAUGAACUGUCGGCCUCAGAGUCCCUUCGCAUCAGCUGCUAGCGCUUCUCUUUAUCCAAAAAUUCCUUCCGAGGGACCUCAACCGUCUAGAAAUCCAACGGUAGAUGUAGCUGGUGAUUCUGCCCGUUCUCAUCCUUACCCGCAGAUCCACAGCCAGGUGCAACAACCGACUGGAAACCCUUACAUUUUACCCAUGUCCGAUUGUUCGGCCAAUGCCCAGAACAGUGGCUUUGAGGAGCUCCUGGUGACCAUUUCGGGUGCCAUUGUGCAUCUUGUGGACGAUCAGGAGAGUGUCUUCCUGGACCAUGGCAACUUUACGGUUUCUCGGAUUAAACAACAUGAUCAGGGGAUUGUGGCGGUGGUGAGAGUGGGAGAUGGUUUGCAAUGGCCUUUGAUGAGUGACGAGCAGGUGGUGAAGCUCGAUUUCAUUCACUACGUCUUCUCACUUCCUGUGAUAGACAAGGACACCGCUGAGGCUCAAGGUGGAGAGAACAUGCAUUACGGAGUCACGUUCUCAAUACCAGGGCAAGAGGCAGCUUUAAGAACUCUUGACGAAGUGCUCGAGUGUUACAGCUUAUUCUAUCUUCCAACAUUAGUCCACGGAGACCAGAUUAAACAGGCUGCCGAUGCAGGUCUUGCUCCUAAUGCUGCUUCACAGUUGGACACAAUGGGCGCUGCGGUCGUCCCAGAAUCUGUGGUUGCUGGAGAUCCCAAGCAGAUCACCGAGGAAAAUCAAAAAGUAUUUUGGACUGAGAUGGCACCCAAUGUGGAUGACUAUCGAAACAGAGUGGCGAAGUCGGUUGCGUCUGGAUCAGGCCAUUUAAUUCGGGGCAUCUUUUGGGUUCGAGAUUCAACUGUCGAAAGGCUGCAGAGUGGCGCUAUAAACAAGAUAAAAAAUUCCAAGCCUGCUGAUAAACCAACCAAUAUAAGACCCUCGACACUACGUAAUUUGCAGAGAGUCAAGAGCUUGACGAAAGCAACGGACAAUUUUGCCAAGUCGGUGCUAUCAGGUAUUAUAUCGGUUGCAGGAACGGUGCCGAAUGCCAUUGUUAAAUCCAGAGUCGGAAGAGCCUUUUUCAGAACUGGUCCUGGGGAGGUGGCAUUGGCUUCUAUGAUUUCAUUUUGGAAAGUGUGUGAUGCAGUGGAGCAGGCCACUAAGGAAGUAUUGAAAAGUGGUACAAACGCAGCAUCAAAGGUCGUGACACAUAGGCGCGGACACUCUGCAGGAAAAGCUACAGAAGAAGUUCUUGGCUCUGCAGGUCACUUGGUGGGAGCUGCAUGGUCUGCCGUCAAGAUUCCCAAAGCAUUGAACCCAACCGCGGUUUUGAAGCCGAACAGUGCCGCUGUGAUUGGAAUGCAUCAAACAGGACCAACGCAACCUCGGUAGAUUAACUCAGACGCAUGAAGUGCAUUUCUGUAUCUUACUCUCAUGUGUGUAUUCUUCCUGUUCUGGAUAGUACGUUUCAGGAGACAUGAAGACACUGGGAGACUGGAAGGUGUGUUACAGACGUCUGUCUUCAAGUGCUGCUUUUGUUUCGAAUCCUGUGUUCUCACCACCGCAAUUGUUAGUCAGAAGUCUUGAAAUCAAACGUAUAUAUUCAUGCGCAUUGAUCAAGGGUUCUCAUAUCUGCACCAUUUAGAUGUAAUUGAUAUACUCAGGUUUUGGUCAUUGCCAGCUUUCAGAAGCAUGCUCUGAGAAAGGCCGUCUCAAAGAGAGUUUUUCCUAGUCAUUUAGAAGGCUCAUGAACUGAUAGCUAGUUGCUGUUCCUCGAACACUGGUAAGUAAUUUAGUUCACUUCCAGUUCUGCGUCCGUUAUCUUAUCAAGAUUUUGAUUGCAUGAAUACUCUAGAAAUUGUAUCUAGUGUUUCUGCAGCUAUGAACCCACGUAUAACGUGGUCUACCUCUCAAUUUCAGCCAAAAUUUUGUUUGCGAA